CCUUCAAAUCUUAACUUCGGCUGUCUGUCUUCAUUUCAUUUUUUGUUAGAACAAGUAAAAACUGGGACGGGACUAGACUAGACCAACUUCCCUGAACUGCGAGACUUUUCUUUCCUGCUUAGGGUUUUCAAAAUAUUCCUCGCCUGAGCUCAAUUUCAAUAUCUCAACUUCAAAUUAGGGUUCCCAGCUACUCCUUUCCUCUUUCUGUCUUUGUACGGUCAAGGCAUGCUGGGCGGCCGCAGAGAUGGACCGUUGAUGAGGGAAAAGGGCCAAACGGGCCGCGGAUCACGAAUUGCUAUAGCAAUUGUGAUCGGAGUUCUUCUCGGCUGCGCCUUCUCUGUCUUCUACCCUCAUGGAUUUUUCAUUUCCGAUUCGACUAUUCAAAACCGUCGAAUCGGCCACUCGGAUCUUCAGAUAAGUUUAUCAUCAUGCGAGUCAUCGGACAAGAUCGAUGCCCUGAAGUUAGAUAUUCUAUCACUAUCAAAUACGAACUCCGAGUUGCAGAAGGAGGUCAGAGAUCUGACUGGGAAGCUACGACUGGCUGAACAAGUAAAGGAUCAUGCUGAGAAGCAGGUUUUGGUGCUGGGCAAGCCUCAUAAAGCUGGGCCUAUGGGUACUGUCAAAGCCUUGAGAACUAGUCCAACUGUCAGUCCUGAUGACUCUGUAAAUCCCAGAUUGGCUAAGAUUUUAGAGAAAGUCGCAGUUCAAAAUGAGAUUAUUGUUGCACUUGCAAAUUCAAAUGUUAAAAGCAUGUUGGAAGUCUGGUUCACUAGCAUCAAGAAAGUUGGUAUCACUAAUUAUUUGGUUGUAGCCCUUGAUGACGAGAUUGUAGAUUUCUGCAAAUCCAAUGACGUUCCUUUCUACAAGAGAGAUCCAGAAGAUGGUGUCGAUUCGAUUGCAAAAACAGGAGGGAACCAUGCCGUAUCUGGAACUAAAUUUCGUAUUUUGAGAGAGUUUUUACAAUUGGGUUACGGUGUGCUUCUAUCAGACGUUGAUAUAGUGUAUUUGCAGAAUCCAUUUGAUUAUCUUCAGCGUGAUUCAGAUGUUGAGUCUAUGACCGAUGGUCACAAUAACAUGACAGCUUAUGGAUAUAACGAUGUCUUUGAUGAACCUUCCAUGGGUUGGGCGCGUUAUGCACAUACAAUGAGAAUCUGGGUUUAUAACUCUGGUUUUUUUUACAUACGUCCUACAGUUCCUUCGAUUGAGCUUUUGGAUCGCGUGGCUGGACGGCUUUCACGAGAACCAAAGUCCUGGGAUCAAGCAGUUUUUAAUGAAGAGCUUUUUUACCCUUCGCACCCUGGGUACGAAGGACUUCAUGCUGCCAAGAGAACUUUGGAUUUCUAUCUUUUCAUGAACAGUAAGGUCCUAUUCAAAACGGUUAGGAAAGAUCCUAACUUAAGGAAGUUGAAGCCAGUAAUUGUUCAUGUAAACUACCAUCCGGAUAAACUUCCAAGAAUGAAAGCCGUGGUUGAGUACUAUGUCAACGGCAAACAAGACGCACUAGAUCCAUUCCCAGAGGGUUCUGCGUGAUAGCAAUAGUUCUCAUGGAUGUCCUUGUUCUGACUUAAGGAUGAUAGGCUCAGAAAUUCACGUGCUACACAACUUGGGUCGAUUUGAUUGCAAUUUGCUCAUGGGGCCACUUGAAUUUAUCUCAUUCCGUGUCUCUCUUAAUUUCUUUUCCUUCUGUUUUUUUUUUUUUGGCUUUUUAUUCAAUUACACACUAGAAUUUUGGUUGCUUUGUCUUCAUUUAACUUUUGUUCUGUUUCACGUGAUUAUACGGAGUUACUGACAGAUCCAUGGGAGUGUUCUCCCUCUAUCAUACUCGAUCAUUUUGUUGUACAAAAGGUCUAGUUUUCUAA